UCUGUAUUCACUUAGAAUGAGAUUGAUACCACAAUUUGCAGUAUCGCCCAGCUCAAUUGACAGCUCAGCUGUUUGCCAAGUAAGUCCUGCUCACUGACGUCGUGUUGGAGGUGGUCUGUCCACCGUACGUAUGGCAACAAAACUGCCCCGGAAGAAGUAAGCGGUAAGUUAGCUCCUGGGAAAGAAAGGUCGAGCUCAAAGAAAGGUUGGCAUGGACAAGAUGGCACUGGCUAUGUAGCGGAGAAACGUCAAGUCAAGAGCGUUACAGGACGUCUGCUCUUGGUGUUCCGUUGAUGAUUUCCUCGCCGCUUCUUUGGAGGAAGGGGAAGGAGGUGACGGAUAUGCGGAUGAGCAGUUAGUGUGCAGCCAGAAAGGCGAACAGACGGACGGACCAGCGGUCACUCUGCAAGGGAGUUUAAGCCGAAUCCCGCGCAGGAUCUCGGCCACGACGAGGCGAGAAUGCCGCGGAGGAAACAGUCCAACCCACAGCCUGUCAAAUUGGAGUUGGAUGAUGGUGGUGUGACAUGUGAUCCGAGCUGUCUGGUUCUGGAGGGAGACGUUCUCCUAAGUGGAGAGUUGGAAUUGGGUGACUCUGAGAUCAUGGGAUUGGAUCGAGACACCAGUGUGACGGUGUUGUCUCUGAGCGUGGAUGAGAAUCCUUCAUCCCUUCCAGACUCGACUUUCCCAGCAAUCCUCUCGUGUAAAGGCUGUGGUCAGCUUUCAUGUGACACACCACUGGGAGCAGAGUUUGGUCUUGGUGUAAGCUUAGAUCUCGGGGCGGAGCUGUACUGUCUCACCUGCGAGCUGGGUGUCCAGCAUGACGCUUCCAUCAAUUCAACCCAAGUGGAGGAUGGCAAAAUGGUCGACAUGGUUGACGAGAAGAAAGUUAGUGAAGGUGAAACGGGUGGCGCUAGUGACCUUCCUCGUAAAAUCUACUCCUGCUCGCUGUGCACUUUUACGUCCCGUUACUCCAAUCACCUGAAACGCCACAUGCGCAUCCACGACGGCCAGAAGCCGCAUCGCUGCCCUUUGUGCCCAUAUGCCUCGGCUCAGCUGGUCAACCUGCAACGGCACACACGCACACACACCGGAGAGAAGCCGUACCGCUGCCCUCAGUGCAGCUAUACCUGCAGUUCCCUUGGCAACCUGCGGAGGCACCAGCGACUUCAUGCGCAGGAGCGCCAACCAAGGAGGUUCAGGGAGAUCAGAAAAGCGAGGAGGAGAAAAGCAGACGUCAUCACGGAUCUGACGCUGCAAGUUUCUCAGGAUUCCACUUGCUUGCAGUUGCAGGGCGGGCUGACCACCGCCUCCAACCCGCUGCCUGUUCUGCUCUUUCCACUGUGCUGCCGGUUGUGCAGCCUCACGCUGGAGGAGGCUGACCUGGUGGGCGUCAACAUGGAGGAUGGAGAGGAUGGUAAAUGGCAGAUAUGCCGACGGUGCUCCUUGGACCUGCUGAUUAAAGAUGCUACGGCUAGUUCCAAUGGCCCACUUGCGACUCGGGAACCACGGCGGCAUGGCAGCAAGCUGUACCGCUGCGCUCUCUGCCCCUUCCUGUCCCAUUACCCCAAUCACUUGGCCCGCCAUUCCCACACUCACUCUGAGGAGAAACCUCACCACUGUCCACACUGCCCCUACACGUCCUCGCACCUCGACAACCUCAAACGGCACAUGCGCGUACACACAGGUGAGAAGCCGUACCAGUGUCCGUCUUGCAGUUACGCCUGCGGUAACCUUGCCAACCUGCGCCGCCAUGAGCGCAUCCACUCGGGCGCCAAGCCAUUCCACUGUGACAUUUGCGGCUACUCCUGCAAUCAGAGCAUGAACCUAAAGAGACACAUGCUGCGACACACUGGCGAGAAGCCGUACGCUUGCGGCCAGUGUGACUACACGACGGGUCACUUGGACAACUAUAAACGCCAUCAGAGGAAACACGGACACUGCAUGGACCGCUGGGACCAAAAGGUGCCUGAACACGGCCUCAGCUGAGACUAAGAACC